UAUUACAUAGAUUAUUACACUAUAGUUACCAUGGUAUAAGGGCUAUUUUAUGAUUUACCAUAUACUGUAUACUGCUCCAGACGUGGCCCCGGCACCAGAGGCCCCCAACAGAACACCCCAGGUCAUCCUUCACCCUGUCCUGUCUGAGCCUGGAAUCGAGGUGAACCCUUUAAACCCUUUACUACAGAUUGAAGUUGAACCAACAUCAGACAACGAGGAGGGCAACGAUGAGGCGGAGUACUCGGAGGAUGAGUUUGAGGAUAUGAACCUGUCUCUGCUGUCAGCCCGUAACUUCCCCCGUAAAGCCAGCCAGACCUCCAUCUUUCUCCAGGAGUGGGACAUCCCCUUCGAACAGCUAGAGAUAGGGGAGCUCAUCGGGAAAGGUCGCUUCGGCCAAGUGUUCCAUGGGCGCUGGCAUGGCGAGGUGGCCAUCCGCCUCAUCGACAUCGAGCGUGACAAUGAGGACCAGCUCAAGGCCUUCAAGAGGGAGGUGAUGGCCUACCGAAACACUCGGCACGAGAAUGUGGUCCUCUUCAUGGGCGCCUGCAUGAGCCCUCCACACCUGGCCAUCAUCACCAGCUUGUGUAAGGGAAGGACUCUAUAUUCGGUGGUGAGGGAUGCCAAAGUCAUCCUGGAUGUCAACAAGACCAGACAGAUCGCCCAGGAGAUGGUUAAGGGGAUGGGCUAUCUCCACGCCAAGGGGAUCCUACACAAGGAUAUGAAGUCCAAGAAUGUCUUCUACGACAAUGGCAAAGUGGUCAUUACCGACUUCGGACUUUUCACCAUAUCUGGGGUUCUGCAAGCUGGCAGCCGUAGAGAGGACAAACUGAGAAUCCCCAGUGGAUGGCUUUGUCACCUGGCUCCUGAAAUAGUCUCUCAGCUCUCCCCUGAAACAGAGGAGGACAAGCUGCCUUUCUCCAAACAGUCAGAUGUCUUUGCUUUCGGCACUAUCUGGUAUGAGUUGCAUGCACGUGAGUGGCCUUACAAGAACCAGCCAGCAGAGGUUAUCAUCUGGCAGGUGGGCAGUGGGAUGAAGCCCAACCUCACACAGAUCGGCAUGGGCAAAGAGAUAUCGGACAUCCUGCUCUUUUGCUGGGCGUUCGAGCAGGAUGAAAGGCCCAGCUUCUCCAAGCUGGUGGAUCUGCUGGAAAAGUUGCCAAAACGGAACCGUCGCCUUUCCCACCCAGGGCACUUCUGGAAGUCAGCUGAGUGCAGUUGACCAAGACCCCCUGAAUCUAGACUUCUCAACAUCCUCUGAAAUCAUAUUUUUGGUUUAUUGUUUAAUCACAUGGAAUAUAUGUUUUAUUUGAUUACUCGAAUGACCUGUUCAGUUUGUUUGUUAGCUUAUUUAUUUUGGAAUGUCUUUUUCUCAAUGUCAUGUUUUUUUGUGUCAUGAAUCACUUAAUUAUCUAUGGAAAAUACAUUUUUAUGAACAAAUGUGUGUUUUGUGUUUUCUUUUCGUUAUGAAAUUGUUUUUAUAAUGAAAGUAAUUAUUUUACGAAUUGUGAAAUUUACAUUUUUAAGUCAUUGUCUUGCCAUUUCCCUUGUAUGUCAACUGUCUCUGUCAUGUGUUUGACCCUGGUUACCUCAUGGCCUCUCAUGUGUGAAUGUCUACAUGUUUGUGUUUUCUACGUUUGUCUCAAAGCUUUAUCUUAUAGUCAUUAUUUACUAUUGAAUGUGAUCACUCCCGCCAAUUGUAGGGCUGGAUGAUGGUACAGUACCUUGGUAGGAAACUGUUCUCCAAUUAGGCCUACACUGACUGACCAGAAGUAUCUCACUCUAAUGUGAAAACACUGACACUUGAAAUGUAUGUCAUUACAGUACCUACAAUGAACUUGCUUAAACACCUUGGAGAAUUGCUGUUACUGAGCCCAUGGAGAAAUAGGUGGUAUAGUGGUUACUUUAUUGUUUUAAAGUGGACGAGGGUAAUCACAGAUGUAUAGCUAGCUAAGCUCACUAUUUACCUCCAUUAAUUAUGACACAAUCGAUUUACUUCAGGAAUUCUUCAGCCCUAUAAUUGACAAAGCACUUUCUGAACGGACACCAUGAUACAUUUUAUUCUAGUAACAUGACAGUGUCCAUGACCUGGCCAUUUGUAUAAUGACCAGGUCUGCGAUAUUUAAAAUUUAGCUAGCUAGAGCCCAGUCAGACUGAAUGAUAUCAUUAUGGAUGGAAAGAAGUGUCUCAGUAAGAACUGUAUAGCAACUGCUUUGGAGUCUGUACAGCCAUGUCUUAUAUAGAUGCAGAUAAUCCAGUCCUGUAUAAAGCCAUUUCUACUACACUAUAUUAUACAGUUUCCGACAGUGUUGGAAAUGCAUACAAACAAUUCGCUGCUGUUUUUUUGGAGUACAUCUGUCUAUUUUGGAUUUUCUGGGAUUCCGAUAUUGUACGUGGUCAUUUAUAUGUGUACUGUAUAAAACUUCUAAGUGCAUGAAAUGGACUAUAAAGGAUCUAUUCUUGUUAUUACGAUAAAAAGCUGACUCCUUCAGCUUUAUGGGGUGGCAGGCAGGUAGCCUAGUGGUUAGAAAAUUUGGCCAGUAACCGAAAGAUUGCUGGCUCGAAUUCCCGAGCUGACAAGGUAAACAUCUGUCGUUCUGCCCCUGAGCAAGGCAGUUAACCCACUGUUCCCCGGGCGCCGAAGACAUGAAUGUUGAUUGUGGCAGCCCCCCGCACCUCUCUGAUUCAGAGGGGUUGGGUUAAAUGUGGAAGACACAUUUCAGUUGUACAACUGAUCACUGGAUUAUUUUCUGAUUUACCUGUUGUAAGCAUAGGGCCAUCAAACGAUACGUAUACAACAGUUAAACUGCUGGCUUUGUAAAAAAGGAAAUGUUAAAAAAUGAUGUUUAAGAGAAUUAUUGUAAUAUUAUAUUUAUACAUUAUAAUAGCCUAUCAUGAAGAGGAAUAACAAAUUGUGCUGAAUUCGACAAGAAUCUGACCAGAAAACGAUUCAACAUUUAGUGUCAAGUGUACAUAACAGAUUAUAGACCUACAAUCUUUAUCAUCAGUUGCUGUAAAUCAAUAUUACGGCAGCACUUUAUAAAAACUCCACGUAAUAAUGCAUUUAUAAGGAAUUAAUACAGAAUUUAUUCAUAAUUUAUUAAUCAUUACUGCCACAUUUGUAAAUGUUAUUAACCUAUUUAUUCACACAUUUAUAAACAACUUUUAAGGUAUUUCAAAAUGAUUCAUAAGAUCAUUCAAAAUAUGUUUAAUAUAGGUCCUUAUAAGCAUUUACUAAUCAUUAGUUGUCUUUUUUAUAAAUACUUAAUAAACGUUUUGCAUGGCUAGUGUAAUUUCCAUCAAAAAGAUGGACAUGCCAUUGCUAGACAUUCCAGCAGUACCUGGUGCUCCUUAAGGUCUCAAAAUGUCCCUCUAGAACAUAUCAAUGGUUAAACAAUGAACCUACCAGGUACAACCCCAAAUCCGUAAACACGGGCAC